AUGAACUGGGAAGCUCAAUUAAAUAUCCCUCCAACAGAAAGUUCUUCUACUUAUUCUUCAUUUUUACAGUCUUCUAUCUCUAAGCCCUUAGCUAUGGAAAAGUGUGGAAGCUCUUGAGGCACUCGAGACCAUCGUGAUGGGUAUCUUGACCCAAAAAUCUUAUCCACAGUGGAAAAUCUACUCAAAAACGAGAGCUCUAGUGGGAUUAACUUUGAUAGCUAUGAAAAAAUUCCUGUUGAAAUCAGUGAAAGCUUUCCCCAAAUCAACUUUUUCACAGAUUGUGAUGUAAAUGAGCUGUUGCUCAAAAACGUUGCCAGGAUGGGAUACAAGCGCCCUACUCCAGUCCAGAAGUAUGCCAUACCUGUAUCAAUACUCAGAAGAGACUUAAUGGCAAUUGCUGAGACUGGCUCAGGUAAAACAGCCGCCUUUUUAUUCCCUAUGUUUGCAAAAAUGCUCAAAGAUGGUCCGCCACAUCCAAUUGAUAGUGACAUAGCCUACCCAAUUGGGCUUAUUUUAGCACCAACAAGAGAGUUAGUCCAGCAGCUCCAUGAGGAAACCUUGAAAUUUGCCCAUAAAACUGGCAUUAAAACUCUCUGUGUUUUUGGCGGUACUGGGAUGCAGUAUCAAAUGAACGAGCUUAAGCGAGGCGUUGACAUCCUUGUAGCUACCCCUGGAAGACUUAUUGAUUUUCUCAAUAGAAAGCUGAUAAAUCUGUCAAUUAUAAGGUACUUGAUUUUAGAUGAAGGUGAUAGGAUGCUUGAUAUGGGGUUUGAGCCUUCUAUUAAGAGGAUUCUGGAAGCGACUGAAGGCAAUGAUCAUGAAACUAUUAUGAGUUCUGCCACUUUUUCACCUGAAAUGAGGAAAAUUGCUGAAAUUUACAUGAAAGAUUAUAGGGCUUUCCCUUGAAUAGCCCGAUAGCGGCUGGCUUCAUCCCGUUAUCGGGCUAUUCAAGGGAAAGCCCUAUAUGUAUAUUUGACUGUUGGAAAAGCAGGCUCUACUUCAGAAAAUAUCACUCAGAGAUUCUACUACGUUGAAGAUUAUUCCAAAAUGCCUGCCCUACUACAAAUUCUCCAAGAAAUCAGAGGCCUCACUUUAAUUUUCGUCGAGCGUAGAACUGAAGUUGAGGUAGUCGCUAAUUUUUUACAAGAAAAUGGACACGAAGCAGCUUGUAUUCAUGGAGAAAAAAACCAAUUUGAAAGGCAUAAAGCACUUACAAGUUUCAAAGCUGGAAGAGUCCAAAUUUUAGUCGCGACUGAUGUAGCUUCCAGAGGUCUUGAUAUCCAGAAUAUUGAAACUGUGAUUAAUUAUGAUACUCCAAAGCAAAUUGAAGGAUAUAUUCAUAGGAUUGGCAGAACUGGAAGAAUUGGGAAAAGCGGCUUAGCUAUUUCUUUUUUAAAUUCAGGAUGCAGAUCUAUAUUUAGAGAACUCAGAGACUUGCUGAUAGAGACAAAACAAGAAAUUCCUGAAUGAUAUGAAGAUCUUAUGACUGGGAAGGCUAGGCCUAAAUAUCCAAGCUGUGAUAAAUGAUAUGGAGAUUCAAGUAAAAUUGGGGGAAAAAGCUAUGAAAGAAGAGAAUAUGGAGGAAACAAUCAUUAUGCAGGCAAUAAAGAAAAUUCAGGAUGGGGAGCUGAAAAUAGAGGCUAUGGAAGCUCGGAUUGAGAUCUAAAAAGCUCAGAAUCUGGAUGGGGUGCACAGAGUAAUGCGAAGCCUAGAUAUGGGGAAAACACUAAUAAAGCAAGCUAUGGGCAAGCAAAUAGAGAUAAUAAAAAAUUUGAUCAAAAUAGCUACCAAUAUAGUGGAAGGUUUAAAUGUGACCAAGAAUAUGAAAAAAGAAAUUCUGACUAUUUUGCCUCACAGAAUCCUCCAUACUAUUUAGCUAACCAAAAAGGGCCUACAAGAAAUCAUGAUAAUCCUUCAGAACAAUGGGGGAAGCAAGGAAGCAACUAUAAUCAAAAGCAGGCUUUUCAAAGCCACAACCAAGAGGAUUACCAAAGACGCAUCUCAAAUCCUUCAACUCAAAAUGAUCUAUGGGGCUCUCAAAAUAGCCAAAGGGAAUCCCAAAGCAGCCAAAUGUGGGGAUCAAGCCCUUCAUCUGUUCAAAGCAACCAAUGGAAACCCAAAAAUAGCGUAAGCUCAGCACAAAGUAAUCAACGAGGAGAUUAUAACAAAAGCAACCAAUGAAGCCAAGAUAUAGCAUGCCUCUCGUGGUUGCUCACCAUUAAGUACCCCCUCCCCAUGCCACCCACCCCCUGACGGUCCUGAAUAUUUUAAAUGCUAAAAUAUUAUUUGGCAAGUCCCCUCAAAUAUUUUAACUUGCCAAAUUAAUAUUUAGCAUGUUAAAAUAUUUGGGGCCGUUAGGGGGUGGGUGGCAUGGGGAAGGGGCGCUUAAGGCCAAUCCAAAUCGGGGUGUAAAGCUAUAAUGCCCAAUACAGAUCUAGAGAUUAUGAUCAAAGCAGUCAAUGGGAGCAAGAGCGAGGAGAUAGUAGCAAAAGCAGUCAGUGGGGUCAAGGUAAUCCUCAGCGAGGAGCUAGGGAUUAUGAUAAAAGCAAUCAAUGGAGUGGCCAAGAAAAUAGUCAACGAGAAGCUAACAACUAUGAAAAAAGCAGCGAGUGGGGAGGUCAAGAAAAUAGCCAACGAGGAGCGAGAAAUUAUGAUAAAAGCAAUCAAUGGGGUAGUCAAGAUAGCAACAAAAGAGUAGAUAGCCAAAGAAGAGAUAAAAAUUAUGAUAGAAGCGAUCAAUGGGGAAGCAAAGAGGGCAAUCAAAGAGGACCUGGCAUUGAUAGGAGCAAUCAGUGGGGUGAUCAAGAAAGCAGGUAUGAAAAGAAAUUUAAAAACAGCUCAAGGCUAGAUGUUGAAAAUCCAAGAAGGCAUCAGGAUAAAGGAAGGCAAUCAAUAUCAUCCGAUUGGGGUGAUAUUCCUACUACUAAAGCAGAAGCCAGAAGUAGUUUAGGCUCAGGCUGGGGUGAUAUUCCUGCUACCAAAUCUGAAGCGAAAAGCAACCCAAAUUCAGGCUGGGGUGAUAUUCCUGCUACCAAAACAGAAACCAAAAGUAGCCUCAGUUCGGGUUGGGGCGAUAUUAGCAGCAGUAAGCCAGAAGUCAAAAGCAAGGGUGAGGUUAAAUAAAGUGAAUGCACUUUUUUCAAUCUCUUCCCAAAACCUAUAAAAAUGAUUGUAAUUUCAAAACUUGGUUUUUGAAUAUAAAAGUACAGACGGUACUUUUUGAAUCUUUCUAACAGGGGUAAAAAGUAAACGUGUUUAAUAGCAAAAAUCGAGGAAAAAGUACAUUUAAAAAUCUAUACCCUUUCAAGACUAGCUCCCCCCUCCGUGAGCAAACAAAAAAAUUUUGUUUGAUCAUAUGGAGGGGGUUUCGAAAUUUUAAAAAAAUCUUAUUUCGUAAAAAUUGAAAAGCAAAUAUUAAUUAAUUUGCUAAAUUUAUGUUUUAAAACGCAAUUUGUUUAAAAUUAAACAGAGUUAGCUCGAGAUUUCAUUAUACUAAUUAUCACUUAUAUAUCAAUUUUUUUUUCAUAAAGUGGGUUUUUGGGCAAAAAAAUAGGGAUUUUUUCUAAUGGUUUGUUCGCUCACGGAGGGGAGUAAGCAAAUUUUAGCAAAUAAAGGUCAAUAUUGGAUUGUAUAAUAAAAGGUAUAUAUUGUAUAUAACAAAAAGCAAUAUCGCUCAAAUAAAUAUAAGAUUGACGUGAUAUACAAUCAUAUUUUUUGUCUUUCAAAAAUAAUAGAAAAAAGUGCAUACAAAAUAUAAGCGAUGAAAGUGAUGCGAAAUAGUUAAAGAUAAAAGCAGAUAAUAACACAGACAAUUCUCUUAAAAAAUUAAAUAAAUUAUUAAAUAGAGGAUCCAAAGUUAUAAAAAAAAUACAAGAAAAAUGAUUAUGAAGUAAAAAUAAGAUAAAAAAGUGCACGAUUUUUUAUAUAAAAAAGGAAUUUGUUUAUGUUUAUGCUUAUAGAAUUUUUCUAGCACAGCAGUUGAUUAAGUCCUCUUUAACUUGAGAUCCAGCUUCAAUAACAGCUCUGAACAACAGUAGGUGGAUCUGCCAAACAGUCGAACCGUUAAAGUUAUUAAGCCCUUCCAGACUUCUCAGUCCGUACCAGACUCAGCACCGACCUCUUCUCUAGCCGAGACUCUCAAGAAGCUUGAACUUCUCUCACAAAGCUCGGAUAAUAGGCUAGCCUGAUGAACAGGACUAGGACCCUAUUCCUAACUGCCAUUUUAAAUAUUGUGAAAAAAAGGAAUUAAAAAAGUACUAAUGAAAUUUCUAUUGGUGCGUAUUCUUUAGGCAAACAGUACAAACGGGAAAAUAUCAGAGGAAAAAGUAAUAUCGAUUUUUUAUAAGCAGAUAUUAUUAUUUUUUAAAUCUUUUUUGGUCAAAAUGGACCCUCUUAGAGUUAUAAUAAGAAGUUCACCUAUUGAAAAUUCAAGUAUUAGCCCAUUUUACCCAAUAAUUUCAAAAGACAAGAUGUACUUUUUUUUCUAUUAUUUUGAAAGACAAAAAUUAUGAUUGUUUAUUAUGCCAGUCUUAUAUUUAUUUAAGCGAUAUUGCUUGCUGGUUGUUGGUAUACAAUUCAUCCUGUUUAUUAUACAAUCCUAUCUUGAGCUUUCUCUGCUUAAAUUUUCUCAGUCUUGAAAGAGCAUAGAUUUUUACAUGCACUUCUUCCUCUAUUUUUCCUGUUAAAUACUAUUUACUUUGUCACCCCUCUGUUUAGAAAAAUUCAAAAAGCACCGUUUGUACUUUUUAAAUACCAAAGAACCAAUUUUUAAAAUUACAGUCAUUUUAUAGAUUUUGGGAAAGGUUGAAAAACGACAGUGUGCUCAACCAAAAGCAAUCCAAAUCCAGGCUGGGGCGAUAUUCCUUCAGCUAAGACAGCAGCAAAAAGUAAUUUAAAUUCAAGUUGGGGUGAUACCCCCGCUCUUAAAUCAGAAACCAAAAGCAGCUCAAACUCUGGCUGGGGCGAUAUUCCGACUACCAAAACAGAAAUCAAAAACAAUACAAAUUCUAAUCGGUGUGAUAUCCCUUGUGCUAAAAUAGAAGCCAAAAGCAAUCAAAAUUCAGGCUGGGAUGACAUUGAUACCAAAUCAGAAAUAAAAGUCAAUCCGAGCUUAGACUGGAAAGAUACUCCUCUCGCCAAAUCAGAAACAAAAGCCAGCACAAAUUCUGGAUGGGGUGAUGCUCCUGCUACUAAAGCAGAAAAUAAAAGCAACCCAAACUCAGGCUGGGCCGAUAUUCUUGAUAAUAAAAAUGAAGCCAAAAUUAGCCCAAGUUCAAGCUCAAGUGAUACUCCCAUUAAUAAAUCAGAAGCAAAAAGCGAUCCAUAUUCUAGCUGGAGCGAUAUUCUUGUUACUAAAAAUGAAGACAAAGGCAACCCAAGUUUGAGCUGGAGCGAUAUUCUUUCUACCAAAUCAGAAACAAAAAUCAACCCAAAUUCAAGCUGAAGUGAUACUGUAAAACCGGAAGCCAAAAGCAAUAUAAACUCAGAUUGGAGAGACACUCCUUCAGAAAUAUUGCAAAAAGAAAUCCCUAACCCCACUGAUAUUUAUAGUGCUGUAAAAAAUGAAAAUUCUUACGACACCUCCAGUAAAAGUCCAGCCAAAAAAAUAAACUCAGAUGUUCUCGGUAACUGGGAUAAAUUUGGCAGCUCUUUAGAAAAGCAAACCUGAACACCAGGAGAAAAGUCAUCUCCGUGAAUAGGCUGCAGUGAAAGCCUCUACGGAAUUCAGCUUUCUAGUCAAGCUUCAAUUGAAGAAACAAAAGAAGUAACCAUAGAAAGUGUUCUGGUAGAAAACUUAUAA